AUGGACAAGCUUUGUUUAUUGUUAUCUCUGCUUCUUCUGGGAGCUUUUGGCUUCGUCAAUGGCGGAAAGUCGAAAGAAAAAAAGGUUUUCAAAGUCGAAGUGAUUGAGCUCAAGACCGGGAACAUAUCCGCCAAGUUCACCAACUAUGGUGCAAGCGUGAUGUCGAUUAUUGUCCCGGACAAAAACGGUAAGCCGGGUGACAUUGUUCUUGGAUACGACUCCACCGAUGCAUACAAGAACGAUGAGACGUACUUCGGGAACGUCGUCGGACGGGUCGCGAAUCGGAUUCGAGACGGGAGAUUUUCUUUGAACGGGAAGGAAUAUCAACUUAGACCUCAUGAAAAUGGGAAACAUUUGCUUCAUGGUGGCCAUGGAGCAUUGGCUGAUGCUAUAUGGGAAGUGAAGAAGGUUAAGAAAGAUGUUGCUGAUCCCACUGUUCUCUUUUCUUAUGAUAGUCCAGACGGUGAAGAAGGGUUCCCCGGUGAGGUUAAAAUCACCGUCCGGUACCUCCUCCGUCCAGAUAACCGAUUGAGAGUGACAAUGAAGGCCAAAGCCAUAAAACAAGCCACCCCUUUGAACCUAGUGCAGCAUACAUAUUGGAACCUUGGCAACCAUGACAGCGGUGACAUCCUGUCUGAAGAACUCCAGCUUUUCGCCAACCAGAUCACGCCGAUCGAUAACGAACGUAUCCCCACGGGUAAACUCGAACCCGUGAAGGGAACUCCGUACGAUUUCCUGGAAUCGAGGGUGAUCGGGAGCCGAAUCAACCAACUCCCGGGAGGCUACGACAUAAACUACGUCAUCGAGGGCCCGGACGACCCCAUCCGGAUGAAGAAAACAGCGAUCGUGAAGGAUCCGAGGACGGGGAGAGUCAUGAAACUGACCUCGAACCAACCGGGCAUGCAAUUCUACACCGGGAACCUGUUGAAAGACGUUAAGGGAAAAGGAGGAGUGAUUUAUAAGGCUCACGCGGGACUCUGUUUGCUGACACAAGGCUUCCCUGAUGCAGUGCAUCACCCCAAUUUCCCUUCCAUAAUUGUUUCACCUGGAAAGCCUUACAAGCAUAAAAUGCAGUUCAAGUUCAAGAUUGCAUCGGACAAAGACAAUAAAUCCGAUGGCAAGAAAUCCGAUGCGAAGAAAUCUGAUAAGAACUCCGAUCGAAGGUAA